CGGAAACGGAGAGUGGGGUCGGUCGCGGUCUUCGUCCCCUCAGCCGUGGCCGGCAUGGCGGAGGCGGCGCGGCUGAGCGCGGAGAUCAGCCAGCGGGAGCGGGAGCUGCGCGGCCUGCGGGACCGGCUGGCCGACGUCCUGGCGGGGGGCGCCGCGCCCACGGAGGAGGAUGCCUCCGCCUUUCCUGGCGAGCUCCCCCCGCUGCCCGCCCAGGCCUCUCUGAGCCCCGCCGACAUCCUGCGGUACAGCCGGCAGCUGGUGCUGCCUGAGCUGGGUGUGCGGGGACAGCUGCUCCUGGCCCGCGCCUCCGUGCUCGUGGUGGGCUGCGGCGGCCUCGGCUGCCCCCUGGCCCAGUACCUGGCCGCGGCUGGCGUCGGCCGCUUGGGUCUGGUGGAUCACGACGUGGUGGAGACGAGCAACCUGCACCGGCAGGUGCUGCAUGGGGAGGCCCGCCGGGGGCUGCCCAAAGCCACGUCUGCCGCGGCAGCCCUGCGGCUGCUGAACUCCACGGUGCAGUACGUGCCGUAUUGCGGCGCUCUGAGCCCUCGCACCGCGCUGGAGCUGGUCCGGCAGUACGACGUCGUCGCCGACUGCUCCGACAACGUCCCCACCAGGUACUUGGUGAAUGACGCCUGUGUUCUGGCUGGGAAGCCCCUGGUGUCCGGCAGUGCCCUUCGGCUGGAGGGGCAGCUGGUCGUGUACAACUACCAGGGAGGGCCCUGCUACAGGUGUCUCUUCCCCAAGCCCCCUCCACCAGAGACAGUGACCAACUGUGCAGAUGGGGGAGUGCUGGGUGUCGUUCCAGGCAUCCUGGGGUGCAUGCAGGCCUUGGAAGUGCUGAAGAUCAUCUCGGGAAUGGGUUCUUCUUUCAAUCAGUUCAUGCUGAUGUUUGAUGCCCGGGAGGGGAGAUUUCGCAACAUCAAGUUAAGACCAAAGAAACCAGACUGUGCUGUUUGUGGUGACAAUCCAUCUGUCACCUGUCUCCAGGAUUAUGAGGCGUUUUGUGGUUCUUCUGCAACAGACAAGUGUAGGACUUUACAUCUGCUGUCCAGUGAAGACAGGAUAUCUGUAGAGCAAUACAAGAAACUGUUAGAUGAGCAAGUUCCUCAUGUAUUGCUAGAUGUUCGUCCACAGGUAGAAGUGGAUAUCUGCUGCCUGGCACAUGCUGUUCACAUUCCUUUGAGUAAAUUAGAAGAAAAAGAUGAAGAGUAUCUGGAACAUUUAGAGAAAAGAAUUUGUGAAGAAAAGCAGAGAACUAAUGGCCAGACAUCGUUUCCUGUAUAUGUUAUUUGCAAAUUAGGAAACGAUUCCCAGAAGGCUGUAAGAAUUCUGCAGGAGUUAACUGUCAAAAAAUUUGCUUCUGUGUUAGCCAAGGAUAUUAAAGGGGGGCUCAUGGCUUGGGCCAGUAAAAUUGACCCAACAUUUCCUCAGUAUUAGACAUUUAAAUGGUGAAAAACAAUACAAAUAAUCUCUGUGUCAUGACUGUAUCAUGUGGAUAAAAUAGCAGAUAGAAAUACUGUGUUGCUUUUUAAAUGGUAUUUUAAAAAAAUUCAUGUAUUUUUGUAGAUGUCUGAUUAUUUUUAUAAAAAUGUGAAACUGUCCAUGGAAAUGUAAAGAAACGUGCUGCUUUGCUAUUAUUCAAUAGUGAAAACUAACUGUUUAACUGUGCAUGCGAGGAUUGAGAACAAAUCCUGAUUAGGAGUUACAGCCUGGAGAAUGAGAAAGCGCAGGAGUCAAGUGUUGAAAAUUUUUACUCAUUCUCUUAACUGCCAAACAAAUAGAAACACUGCGUGUAGUGAUUAAAACCAAGUAUCUGAUUCAUCUCUAGGUGGUCAGUAGCACUAUUAAGCCCAUCAUGGGGAAUUGCCAAGACGAUGCUGAGCAGACUGUUUUGGUCACCAUCUUUUGGUUCUCUGUAGGACUGUUGUGUAUUUAUGAAAGAGAAGUGUUCCCUGCAAAUAACAGCACCUACAGCAAGGGUGUUCUGUUAACUACUUCCACAGCCACUUAGCCUCAUUUGUUGGCUGGCAAAAAAAGCGCAUUCUCUGACUUGUGUAGAGAAACUGAGGUUAAAUAUUAAUAAGACAUCAAGUUUGAGCCCAGAGAGUUUGUAAAACAUACAGAAAAUGCUUUUGGGAGAGCUCAGAAGAUUUCAUAAUGUGAGUUGAAGGGGUGAGAGAGAAAAAAAUAGAUACGUGGCUUCCCUUCUCCAGGUACAAAGACAUACUUCAUAAAUGUGCUCCCUGUUUGUUGAGGUAGGUGCAUAUCCCAAUGGCACUGGAGUAUUUUGUUAGGUGGCAUUAAGAGCUAUGCACAUCUAAAAUGUUCUUGUAGAUGCACUGAAUGAAAAGAAGGAGAAAUAAAUAGCUUCUCAACAGAGAGCUGCCUGAGUCCUCAUCACUUAAGCAUAGUAAUUAACUUCUUAUAUUAACUAAGGGAUGGAUUUCCUUUACUUCCUGAGGAGGAAAAAACCACCUGUCAUGGCUAAUCUUCACACUACACAAGGGCAAAAAAAGAAUAGUUCCAUUAGAAUCAGUAGUCAAAAAGAUAUUUUAGUAAAAUAAAUCUGAGAACAUCCACACUGCCUACUGUAUUAUAGCAUGCCAGGGGUUCUGGCGAUAAGAAUCUUCAUCUCUUGGGAAGGAAACAAUUAUGUGCAUUUAUAAAUAGUCAUAUUUCUUGCAAUUUAGGAGACAAUAAACACAUUGAAGGCUGUGACUUAAAGUAAGCAUCGGUGGUGUGUAGUGAGAGAGUCAUCGGUUGAGGACUUCAAAGAGAUUGUGGAUGCCCAGUUCAGUCCGAACUAUCUGGCUUCUUGUGGGUUCAGCUUUUGGGAAUUAGAAACCAGAGGGGCUUGCUUGAAACGCCUGAUCUAUGUUUUCAUCUAUCUAUCUUUCUUUACUGUCAUGUCACGAAGAAACUGAAACAGAGAAGUAGCAAUAAUUCUCUAAUACCCCACGUCCCGGUGCUGAACAGUGCAUGGUGUGUCACACACCCACCUGACCCAAACCAGUGAUUCCUUUCUUGUCAUUCAAAGCAAAAUGAACCUAUGGACGUAGGGAAAAGGGAGACGCUUUUUAGUUGUAAAUGGGUGCUACUUCCAGUGGAUAGAAAUCAUGUGUAAUGUCUUGUUACAACAUUUUAGCAGCAGAUUCUGUGCUGCGAAAGAACAGGGAGGUAGCAUGAAAGCCUGCAGUGGUCAGAGGACUUUUCGUAGCGAAUUUAUCAUCGCAUUUCUUGUAGCACAUUUUCAAGCAUGAAACUGGUCUGUGAAUCUGUGCUGAAUAGUAAAUAACAAGGAUCUGGAGAACUCAGUGGAAAAGCAGUAAUAAAGAUGAAUGAUAAUGCACCAAAACCAUAAGUAUGAUACCAGAACUCGCAAAAAACAUAAAUGCAUCAAGUCAGGCUGAUGAGAGAGAAACUUUCAAGGAUCUCUUCUAUUUCAACGGGUUUUUGGGAAAACCGUGCUUGCCAGACUGCAGGGACUAAGGUUCAAAGUUCUUACAGGAGUGCAGCAUCUGUAAUGCUUCUGCUAUUUUUGCAUAGAGUUCUGUGCAAAACUAAUUGGGCCAUCCAAUAUAGAAAUGCUUAUUCUGGAAAGAACUCAAGGGAGUAUGCAAAAUGUAGGUUUCUUGGGGGGAAGAAAAUAAAGGUGUUCUCUUCUUUGACUUAGGAUAGCAAUUAAAUUCGCAGCAAACAUGAAAACAUCUGCCAUGCAUCUGAGGCAAAGAUGGGGUCUGUAGUGCUUGUCAGAAUUUCAUUCUUUACACGCUGGGGCUUUUAUUAAGUUUUAUUUCUUUUUUUCCCCUUGGCUGGCUGAAGUGAUACACAUGUCUUCCUGUAAAUACAGUCCUCAUGCAGUGAUGGACUCUGGAGAUACGCUGAAAAACCAAGGACCAUAGGAUCAUAUCUAGGCCAAAACUAUUCUUACUAUUGGAAACAUCUUUUGUUUUGAUGUGCUUUAGUUCUUGAACCCUAUAAAGCAUGUGGUGGUUUCUCUCUUCACCAGGAAGUGUAAUAGCAGAACUCUGUUUAGAAAUUCCAAGAGACGCAAUAAAACUUAUUUUGUACUGCUGCCAAAGUACUGGCUGAGUAUUUGGUACAUGUUGCCGCUGUGAAUGAAGGCAAGCUGCUCUCUUCAAGGAGCUUAUAGUGUCGUUGGUCAAAGAUGUGUUAUCAGAGAGGAUAAGGUCAGUCAGCAGAGUGUGUUUUUCUCUUUGUCCUUCACUCUUGAUGUCAUGAGGUUGCUUUUUGCUUGUUUGGUUAUAUUCUCUUUUAAAUGGCUUACCAGAAUUUAGCAAAGGAACUAAACAGGGAAGAGCUUCCUGUUACAGGUUUGGGUGUAAUAGAAAGUGGCUGCAGCAUUGAUUCUCAAUUGCUGCAUUUUAGUGCCUCAGACAUGUAGGUCUAUGGAAUAACUUCAUGGUUCAGGCACAGAGCUAAAUAUCUAAACUUGUUUUGUCUUUGGACAUGGUUAUUAUUUUAAGACAAGGCAAAUCAAACUGGUCUGGCUUUUGUGCAAGCCUGAAAGGUGUCUGCGUGCAAGGUACGAAUGUGCCUUGUUAGGCUAAAAUCUUCCUUAUUUUGGUGGCAGGAGUCUCUCAGCUCAAAAAUCUAAUAAAUUCAGCACUGACCUACUAUGAAAGUGUGUGAUUUAAAAAAUCUCCCUUUACAAUUAUUGGAACUAUUUGUAGACAAAUAUAUAAGGAAUGUAUCCAAAACUAGUUCUUAAUGCUCAGAACGUAAUCAGAAUGUAUUUUAGUGAUGUGAGCAUCUUUAUUAUUAUCCCGUUUGUAAACAUAAGUUCUAAUAAAAUUAACUGUUCAAAA